AUGAUAAAAAGAUGUCUUGGAGUUGUGCCAGACGCCAACGUCUCAUGGCUCCAGGGCAGUCGUGCUCUCUCGAUGUCUCCGGCUUGCGAAUCGAUCUGCUCUCAUGCUGCCUCCCGAGAAAAUGAACUUGCGGCGGCUCAUCAUGAACGUCACGUACUCGAAUAUCCUCGAUUUCAGGCAGGACUACGAUCAUUGCCACAUUACAGUAUGAUCCCAGGGAUGCGCACUGUUAACGUGUAUGGUGCAGUUAGUGAGUGA